AUGCCGCCGCGGAGACAACAUCAUCGUGCCACCGCUGCCCCUCACUCCCCGCAUGCUCAAGCCCCGCUGUGCUUAAUUCGCCCCGCGCUCGACCCCCUGACUACCCUUCUGCAACACCCGGUGCAACAACAACACUUCAGAACCGUGUCGCCUGGUCAUGCUUUCCUUCUCCGCCCAAACCCCUUGCUCGCAUAUCAGCGUAUCUCCGAACCCGCAUUAACCACCCCUUCCCCCCUCCCUUCCCCUCUCCCUUCCCCUCUCCCUUCCCCUCUCCCUUCCCCUCUCCCUUCCCCUCUCCCUUCCCCCAUCGCAAAUACCACCCGUCCAGUAGCGGGCACCCGAACCCGACCCGGCGACAUGACGAUGUCACAACCGUCAAUCGCGGAUGCGAGCGCCACAACCACACUAUUCGUCCCCUCAUUUUGCAAGGCCUCCUUGGCCUCCACCGCCUUUCUUCCCCGCGCUCCCGCCGCCCUCUCUUCCGUGCGCCACCCGCAUGUCGCGCCCGUUGCAACUGGCCCGCGCCUGACGAUGCGACAAGACUCGGAUCAUGCAAGCAACGUACGGCCGUCGAACACUAGCGCCGCGGACCACUCCGCCGACGAGGACACCGACCGCAGACGAAUGUCCAUCGACUCUAACUUCUACCGCGUCAACCCCGACCUGCUGCAGUCGGACGCCGAGGAGAACCUGCGAGGCUUCAUCAAGACAAGGGGGAGCCUAAUUCCGGGCGAGGAGUUUGUGUUUUGGUGGGUCGGUGACAUUUAUGACAUGGUCGACGGCGAGAGCUCCAGGCAUCUCUUCUCCUUCGAGGGCUACAACAUCGGCCGCAUGGUGCGUGUCGACGGCGGGUGGCGCAUGCUCACGAGGGAGGUCGGCCUGUACAAGGACAAGGACACGGGCGAGAUCCUGGGCACGUGGGAGAACCCGGAGACUGGGGCUACGAACAAGUGCAUCCACGUGUGGAACGACCCUGUGAACCAGCAGUUCCUGCUCGAGCAGAACGGGCGCAAGUUCAAGGUCCCUACCACAACGCAGGACGACGACAUCUACUGGCACUCGGAGAUCUUCCUGCGCUACAAGAGCCCGCUGCAGCGCGACGAGUUCCCCGCCAACACGCAGAGCGACACGUACCAGUCGACGGAGAUGUUCCAGUUCUUCUCCAAGCGCGACGACCUCGCGUCCGACAGUCCCAGCGCGGACUGCCUCAUCAGCUGGGUCCGCGUCGGGCAGUGGCUGCCGUGGAUGGAGAUGGGCGACCGGCCGGGGCGCCUCGUGUACCACUGCCGCGGGCGCAAGCUGCACAACGGCUUCUCGGACCUGUCGGAGAACGUGCGCGACUACGUGCAGAAGCACCACCCGGAGUACUCGAGCGCGCCCACAAACUACACAACGCCCAACGAGACCUCGUGGACGUACAUGAAGAAGCUGCUCGAGGCCAAGGGCGCUCCGCGCGCGGACGGGAGGAUCGCCGGACCCGAGCCGGAAAAGCCCGGCGCGCACGUGGACCCGCCCGAGGCGGUGAACAUGGUCCUGGCGCCGAGGAAGAUGAGGGCGGAGGAGCUCGCGCUGUUUGGCGGGGACGUCGCGGAGCGCCCCAUCUACAUAAGCAUCGCCGGACGGAUUUUCGACGUGAGCUCCGCAAGCAGGCACUACAGGAAGGGCGAGACGUACAACUGCCUGACCGGAAAGGAUGCUUCGCACGCGUUCAUCUCGGGCGACCUUUCCGAGGCGGGGCUGCGCAACUCCUCAUCGAUUGACCUGCACAACCUCGACAAGGAGCAGGCAAAGGACCUUACGCACUGGGUCGAGUUCUUCGCGAACACAUACCCGGAGGUUGGGGAACUUGUCGACUGGUAGGGGUGCUGUGUGUCGAAUAUGUACAACGUUCCGGUGCGGCGCAGCUCGACGUGGGCUGCAUAUUGUAUUGUAAACUUCUGACUGAGUGAGUAUCGGGGUGCGAAUUAUUAAAGAGAGGUAAACAUGCGGGCCAUGUUAGUUGCAUUCA